AAACGUUUCGUUUAUUUAUUUUCCGGUCUCAGUCUGACGGUACUUUUACUAUGCGAAGCUGUUGAUCAGACCCCUUCAUAACCCUAAACCUGGCAACAUUGCCGACGCGCAUCCUUCGCGCCGGUUGAUCUUAAUAUAAUCAAAACCGGAUCACAAUGGAGAUGAAACAUCCGGGAAAAAAAGUGCAUGAAUCAGAUCGGACCGUCGGGCCGGUAUGGUCGCAGUCCCAUAUCAGGCGCUCUGAAGCUUCCAUAAGCCUUAAUACUCUGUGUUAACAUGAUACUUAAAUAGGGGCUUCGCCCCGGCGCAGAGAUGCGAACAAGAAUACUUUUUUAUACACCAGCAACGAGAGGAUUUUCAGCAUGAUCUGGACACUCGCUCCCUUUGUGGUACUCCUGCCACUAGUAACGGGCCAGCAGGUGGGCACUACAGCGGAUGCCCAUCCCAGACUCACCACGUAUAAGUGUACUUCGCAGAGUGGCUGCACGAAGCAGAACACCUCAGUCGUCCUGGAUGCGGCAACCCACUUCAUCCACCAAAAAGGAACACAAACGUCCUGCACCAACAGCAACGGCUUAGACACUGCCAUCUGUCCGGACAAGCAGACCUGUGCUGAUAACUGUGUCGUUGAUGGGAUCGCAGACUACGCCAGCUACGGAGUCCAGACAAAAAAUGACACAUUGACCCUUCACCAGUACUUGCAAACUGGCGAUGACAUAAAGUCAGUGUCACCGCGCGUCUACCUCCUUGCCGAAGACGGAGAGAACUAUUCCAUGCUGAAACUCCUGAAUCAGGAAUUCACCUUCGAUGUGGACGCAUCCACUCUCGUCUGCGGUAUGAACGGUGCUUUAUAUCUCUCUGAAAUGGAGGCCUCUGGCGGAAAAAGCUCCCUGAAUCAAGCCGGGGCCAAAUACGGAACCGGCUACUGUGAUGCCCAAUGCUACACCACGCCUUGGAUCAACGGCGAAGGCAACACCGAGAGUGUCGGAUCCUGCUGUCAGGAAAUGGAUAUUUGGGAAGCCAACGCCCGAGCAACAGGGCUUACACCCCACCCUUGCAACACAACUGGUCUGUACGAGUGCAGUGGCUCGGGGUGCGGCGACUCCGGUGUCUGUGACAAAUCUGGCUGUGGAUUCAACCCAUACGGCCUAGGUGCAAAGGACUACUACGGUUACGGCCUCAAGGUUAACACCAACCAGACAUUUACUGUCGUAACCCAAUUCCUCACAACCGAUAACACAACGUCGGGCGAGCUCAGCGAGAUCCGCCGUCUUUAUAUCCAGAACGGCCAGGUCAUUCAAAAUGCUGUCGUCACCUCGGGAGGCAAAACUGUCGACUCAAUCACCAAGGACUUCUGCAGCGGCGAAGGAAGUGCAUUCAACCGACUUGGUGGCCUCGAGGAGAUGGGCCAUGCCUUGGGCCGCGGCAUGGUUCUUGCGCUAAGUGUCUGGAACGACGCAAGCUCGUUUAUGCAAUGGCUUGAUGGUGGCAAUGCAGGACCGUGCAGCGCGACUGAGGGAGAUCCAGCGUUGAUCGAGAAGUUGUAUCCGGAUACUCAUGUGACGUUUUCCAAAAUUCGGUGGGGAGACAUUGGAUCUACCUACAGGCAUUAGAGUGGGUUCUGAAUCGUCCACGAUUGUAUAUAUCAUAUCCUACAGUUGAAUGUUAUCUGUUAUGCGGAA